AUGACUUUACAUAUUGCUAUUGCCAAUCUCGUAUGGUGCCUCAGAUUUCCGGAGCCUGAGGAGGAGAUAAGAGUGAAUAAGGAUUACAUGGACACCGAUUACGGGGCUUACAUUUUGAAAUUGCGGCAAAAGCUUGUCCGUAGCAAAGUUGGCUGGAUGUUGUUCCUCUUCCCAGAGCGGGCUGAUGCUGAGUCGCCUCCGAAACAUAGUUGGAAUGCCGAGUUAAAUUCUGCGAUCCAAAAAAUUAUGAACGGCCUUCCGACCCCAAUGAUCGGCCUCGAAGACAUUGAGAAAGCAAUAGCGGGACCGAGCUUGGGAGAGACCACGCAGGAGGAUACCUCGAGCGAGGGAGACUUCGACUUCAAUUUCCUGUAUUGUCCUGCUAGUUGGCCCCUCGUAGAACAGGAAUUCGACGACUGGAACCCUUGCAUCGAGUAUGAAGAUUUCGGGGAGGAGUCACCCCUAAUAAAUGUCGAAGAAAAUGUUCAAGGCACCGUGGCUGCAAAAGUUGCAGCAAAACGGUACCCCACUUCGGAUGCUCCGUUGCACGAGUGGGCUGGAAAGGAUCGGUGUGAUCCAGGCUAUAGGGAGGAAUAUCUGCUUGAAUUGCUUAGGCUUGAAGGGCGGGGGGGGGAACACUUCCAUGGGUGCAUGUCGUGCUCCUCCCCGGCUGGAAUCUACCGCUGUGAGGAUUGUCUGGGACCAUUGGCGGAGUGCUUGAACUGCACGCUCAAGCGCCAUCGACAGUUACCUCUCCACAUCAUCAAGAAAUGGGACGGCGCGUGUUUCGACAAAGUAUCGCUGAAAGACUUGGGCCUCAGAGUUCAGCUCGGCCACCCUGCCAGUUCUCGAUGUGUCGCGCCGCAACCUGGACACAAGGACUUUAUGGUCCUUCACACAAAUGGGUUGCACUACGUUGCCGUGGAUUUCUGUGGAUGCGACAACAGGAUAAGCAAUCAGCAGCAGCUCCUCCGAAGCGAGUGGUUCCCUGCAACCGUUCACCAACCUCAGACUUGUGCAACUUUUCGUCUACUCGAAACAUUCCACGUCAUCACUUUGGCAGGCAAGUUAUCCGCUCACGAGUACUACAAGGCCAUGGAGUACCUGACUGACAAUACGGAGUUGAACGUUCCAAAGACACGUUAUAAGUCGUUCAUGCAAAUGAUUCGCAUGUUUCGACAUCUUAAAUUGAUGAAACGUGCAGGACGAGGCAACAUUCAAGGAGGUCUCAUCGCCACUGGGGCCGGAGACCUUGCCCCUGACUGUCCCACAUGUCCAGUCCCAGGUGUCAACCUGCCGGCCAACUGGAAGGAUGUUGACUCGAAGUGGAAAUUCCUUUACCUUCUGAUCAUAGCGAUGGACGCCAACUUUCGACUUAAGAACCUGAUGCGAUCAUCCAUCGCUAAGGACCCUGGCCUACACACGGGGAUGGCCUAUUUUCCCGAUGACAAGCCAUACCGUGAACAUGUUCUCAAAUACGCCACCCAGAAAGAUAUAAGCAACUGUAGUGGUUUCAAAACGUUGGCUCACACUGAGACCAAGUUCUCCACCGGGUUGCGUUCCACGGGCGUCGGAAUGGCUCUUUGUGCCCGCCAUGAGAUCGUUCGUGGAGGGGGGGUUGCAGACCUACAGAAAGGAGAAAGGUAUUGCAACAUGGAUUAUAUCCUGCUCUCGGCCCUCGCUCCACUCCUCAUCGCAUCUGUUUUCGUAUCAUAUGAUAUCGCCUGUCAGUUCAAGUUAAAAUUUGAUGAAAGGGUCGACAAGCUGCCGCCUGAAAUCCAGCUCCCUCCCAACGUCGAGUUCGAGUGGGGGAUACCCAAGUGCCACUGCCCUAUGCACAAGGUGUCGUGUCAAGCACCGCACUCAUUAAACUUCAAGAAUGGUGUGGGACGGACCGACGGUGAAGGUAUUGAGUGCAGCUGGUCGGAACUGAACCAUGUCGUGAAUAGCACGAAAGAAAUGGGCCCAGGUUCUCAUCACGACACCCUUGACGACCAUAUCGGUCAUCAUAACUUUCGAAAAUACAUUGGACUCGGCCGAUCUUUACAUUCACGUUUGGUCCUUGCCACAGCUGAGGAAAAACGGCAACAAAAGAUAUUUGAAGACUUUUCGGCUUCCCUCACACCUGAGGUUGAGAAGCAAUGGACCGACAUCAUUCUCCGGUGGGAAAAUGAUCCGAAGCAGAAGAAUCCUUAUGUAUCCAUCAUUACCCACGCAUCUCAAGACGAAGUGAAAAAACAACUCCUCAAGGAAGAAGCGAUCGCCCUGAAGGUGGGAGUACCUCAGUUACACGACACCAGUCAGACGGGGUUCAUAACGCUAGGAUUACUGGUUGAGGAGAAUCAGCGGCGCAUUUGCUGGGACGCGAGGAAGCCAAAUCAGCUAACAACAAAUCAGGACAACGAAAUCCAGCACCGCCGACUUCUACUCCUACGGCAACUGAAGCACUUCCGGAAUCUUCAAGUGAUCUAUAUGCCCUUGGUGACAUCGGUGCAAGCACAGAACGAGGAGUCCUGGCGCGAGCAACAGUCAACGAAUCAGUCAUCCCAAAUCGGCGACUCGCUCACCGAUGUCGAGCACCAAGUUCUAUGGCUGCCCUCAACCCUGCCCGAGAAUCAUCGUAAGCACAGUUGCGACGCGACACUUAUCGACAUCGAGAUCAGGCUGCGGCGGGCACAGUGCGAAGAUAUGCUUGACAAAAUCCGCAGCCUUCAACGUGGUCACCUGUCCUUCAUCAGCUUCCGUAACCGCAACAUCCGUAAUCAGAACCCCAACACCAGAGCUCAAGACACAAUCAGCCGCUUGGAGGACAAGUCAAAGGCUCUCGCAGUGAAGUACAGAGCAGCACGCAAAGCGCUUUUGGCCCUGCUGGGUCCGGGUGAUUGGGAGACCCACCUUCAAGAACUCAAGGACGGCGAUCUAACAACGCCAGACGGGCACAAGAUUAGCAUAGAAGAUCCAGAUGACCUGUUCGGACCUGAUGGACACGAGUUGUCAAAAAGAAAGCGGGCGGACAUCAAGAAAGGAUUGGGACAAGGGAAAAAAAUUGUAUCGUGGAUAUGGACAACCCCACAGGGAGUCGGGGAUGAAAGUGAUGAGGUUCUACACAAAGCUGUUCGUGUUGAGUGGGCAAAAGCACGCACAAGGCACCUGAGGUGGUGGGAAGAAGCUCACUUGUUGAGGGAGGAAAUGCGACGCAUCCGAAAGACAUUGGAAUGGAGAGCCGCCUGGUGGGAGGAUCUAUGGAAAGGGUGGGAAGGGCUGGACGAGGCGAUGAUGGAGGGGGUGAAUGCAUAUGCGAGCCGUCAAGCUAAUAUGCAGCAUAUGCUGCGCACUCGAUUCAGUCGGUUGUGGGACAAGCCAAUGGUGCCGAUCGUUAGGCAGGAAGAUAGCGGAGAGGGUCCGUAUGCUUCCGUUGAUCCCAUACUCGAGGAGCUGGUGGAGGACGAUGAUGAGUAG